CGACAGCCAUAUUGGACAUUGUGUAGAUGUUCUUGUUUAUCUAGCGUAUCAGCUGCGUUUCAAGACAUUAUUGCCUGACUAUUAUUUUGAUGCGUGCCACCAUGGCGACCAAAGUCGAGCAGAAUUCGACCAACAAUCACCAACAGGGUCAGCUCAAACCUGGACUUGUCAAAAAUUCUGAGCCUCCGUCUGGAGAAGGAUGGAAGUCGCAGUUAAAGCUGCCUGAAAGGGACAACAGAAUCAAAACCUCCGAUGUGACGGAUACUCAAGGAAAUGAGUUUGAAGAUUACUGCCUGAAGCGCCCACUAUUGAUGGGGAUAUUUGAGAAAGGAUGGGAGCGCCCUUCACCGAUCCAGGAAGCGAGUAUACCCAUUGCCCUCUCAGGACGCGACAUUAUUGCCCGUGCUAAAAACGGCACUGGAAAAACUGGUGCUUAUGCUGUGCCGAUCAUAGAAAGAUGCGACCCUUCAAAGUUUGAUGCCAAAACACAAAAUGGACACCCACAAGCUUUGGUGAUUGUCCCGACGCGAGAGUUAGCUCUCCAGACCAGCCAGAUCUGUAAAGAACUUGGCAAGCACGUACACUGCGAUGUUAUGGUCACCACUGGUGGUACAAAUCUUAAAGAUGAUAUUCUCCGAUUGGACAAUCCAGUUCACAUUCUUAUUGCCACGCCCGGUCGAGUAUUAGACUUGAUGAAGAAAAGGCUGGUGCAGGGUUCCAAGUGCAGCAUGCUCGUCCUUGAUGAGGCAGACAAACUCCUCUCACAAGAUUUCAAAAAUAUGCUGGACGAGAUUAUCAGCUUUCUGCCGGACGAUCGCCAGAUUCUUCUCUAUUCAGCCACGUUUCCGACCACUGUUGAGAAGUUUGUGCGGAGGUAUUUAAAAAAUGCCUACGAGAUCAACUUGAUGGACGAACUGACGUUGAAGGGCGUCUCACAAUAUUACGCAUUCGUGCAGGAGAAACAAAAAGUGCACUGCCUUAACACACUCUUCUCAAAACUGCAGAUCAACCAGUCGAUAAUCUUCUGUAAUUCAGUGCAGAGGGUUGAACUUCUUGCCAAGAAGAUCACUGAGCUUGGCUACUCGUGUUUCUACAUACAUGCUAAGAUGAUGCAGCAACACCGGAACAGGGUAUUCCAUGACUUCAGGCACGGUGACUGUAGGAACUUGGUUUGCUCAGACUUAUUCACUCGAGGUAUUGACAUUCAAGCCGUAAAUGUCGUCAUCAAUUUUGAUUUCCCCAAACACGCUGAGACGUACCUUCACCGCAUCGGUAGAUCGGGACGUUUCGGUCAUCUUGGCCUCGCCAUCAAUCUCAUCACAUACAAUGACAGGUUCGCUCUUCACCGAAUCGAGCAGGAACUUGGAACAGAAAUCAAACCUAUCCCCAAGGAAAUCGACAAGAGUCUCUACGUUGCCGAGUUCGGCCAGGCAGAGGAGGAGCCUCUGGGAUAGAUCGCAAAAACGCAAACGAAAUAAACUUGUUCCUGUCUUUGAGUCAAUGCAUUGAAAUCAUACUUCAUCUCACGCCAUCUAGUGUUAGGGGACUGAAUCAACUGUGCGUAUGGUCACGUGGAGUCGAAAAACGGACAGUCAUUACGCUAUUUAUAGCAGACAAUAUGUUGAAGGUGAAAGGUUACGGACGCUCUUUUUCUGAGUGCUGUUGGAUCAAGAAUGACGUGAAAUAAUGUGCUUGCAAACUUGUCGGGGGUCGGGUCAUGAAAAAUGUUCUCAUAUCGGGAGAAUCCGAUGAAAGUACUCGUUGAAAAUUUUAGCCGGAUAGGCUCAUGGAUAUUAUUUUUUGAUCCGAUCUGAUUGGUUGGUCAUUUGCAGCAUUGUUAGACUCCAAUCCAGUGUUGUUUUUCGGGGUACGGUCGAAACGAGGUCAUUUGAUCACGGGGAUUGAAUUUCGUAAAGCUGGCGUGUGGCUCUUUUGGGAAAUUGUGAAACCACUUAGACAAUUCAAAUAUAAAGUGAUGAGAAUGUUUUCUGUGCAAGAGAGUCCAGCCUGGCAAAAUUAAAUGAAGAAAUUCUUUCCCUGUGGAAAGUCGGCUCUGUUGAUUGAAGGGGUGGAGUCGCGAUACGCGCACUACUUUCAGUAAGAAGGAGUGGGAGCUGUUUGUUGCCUUGUUGUGGGAAGACAAGAUACGGAAUGUGCAGCACCGUUUUGUGCUAAAUUCUGAACAGAAAGACUCGGGUGCUGGAGAAGUUCCGACCGCUUUCAGGAAAUGCCGAGUUUUUGCCGUGCCCCGAAGUUGCUGCUUGAAGAGCGGCAGUGUCUGUGAAGUCACUUCAGAGGCAGCUCAGCCCCUUUUACUAAUAUGAUUUGCCGCAAAUUUUUGUCGUAUUUGCUAAAUUUGUGACUUGAGAGAUUGGUUGGUGACGCUGAGAAACUGUCAAAUCAGUUGAAAUGUACGAAUCGAUGAUGAAAAAAUUUGAAAAAAACUUCACUUUCAACAAGGUUUGGCGGUUAUUUAGCAAAGUCUGGUAUUGAUAAUAAUGUGCCUUCUAACCAUUGUACAAAUGCCAUUAGGUUUGGCGGAGUUCUGGUAUUAAGCUCGGCCUUCAAAAGACUGAGGUCGUGUGAAGAGAAUUUGGAGUCGAAACAGAUUUGUCAGAAUUAGAAUAGACUUACCAAAAAUAGAAAGAUUUGGAAUAUGAAGAGUUCCACUAUGGCUGCCAUCAAGUGUUUAGUGUUUUGAACAAACUUUUAAAAACUAGCCUCUGGUGUGGUACCUGGGACCCUGAGCCCUUUGAAGGUUGAGCUACCAUGAUCCACGAGUGUAUGGACGUGAAUAAUCGUAAAUUAUUUUUGUUUAUAGAAUGCUGUACAGUAAGAAACAUUCCUGUGAGGGCGUGCCGAAAUAUUAGCGUCCUAGCAGAAAUGAUAUUAUGUUGUGCAGUUGCGUCGAAAGCAAGUUUACAAGUACUACAGAAGUUUGGGCAAAUGUCAGCGAUUCAUUUAUCGUCAUUUCAUUAUUUUGUAAUAACCUCAUAUCCAAGGUCAUGUGACUGCCGAUGUCCCGAUGCGGACGCCAUGAUACAGUGUGGUCCGAAAAUGCGUUGUUUAAAUUCUGCCUAGAAAGAGUUGGGUUUGAGAUUGGAUAGCAGGGAGCAUAUUCAGAAAUUCAAAAUAAAAUGAUAAUGGUUCUGUUGAUAAAAAGCUGAGGUGUCUUUAAACUGGGCAGAGAUGACAAAAACAACCAAUCAAAUUGAUCGUGCCUGCCGGUACAGUAACCAGGAAAAAAGGCGUGCGAAAUUGUAGCCCCAGCAAAAAAAUUCUCGCUCCUUCGCUCUUUCAGGUAAGUUUAGGCCGUGCAUUUUUCUUGGGCCACCCUGUGUAACUUUGAAGGUAACGACAUAUCACAUUUAGGUGGAAACUUACUCGGCACCAUUUCAUUUCAUUCAAGCCUUUAGUAUUGUGUGAUAUCGUUGCACGUUAAAAAUCUGAAAAUGGAACACUUGUAAGGUUAUCUAACUUCCAGUUGUCUGUCAGACUAUUGGCAACAUGUUCUCGCGAGCUGUAGACACCCCAGAAUGGAACCAGCUAUUUGAGAGAUGUCCUAAGUCUCUUUUUGAAAAUAUUAGAUAUGUACACUUGUUCGCGUGAUAAUUUCUGGUUUGAUGAAAUUUGUAAAUUGUUUCAAUUCAAAUGGCAUAUUCGAGAGCGUCUCUUGUUUAAAAUGACGCAGAGAUACCUGAAUUGUCUGCCAAUUACCCUCCGUGAGUAGAAAAGAAAAGUUUGCUGAAUUCAGAUCUGCUUGUAACUUUCAGUUGCCGGUCUUUAGAACUCAAUGGUUUGGAUAAAGCAGGCAAAAAAACAGGGUUGGCAAAAGUGAAAUACAAAAAUUCACUGAGACGACUUCUGAUAAACAUUUCUCUGAGCUUGGACAGAAUAUUCUCCGAUCAUAUAAAGACUUCCUCGGUAAUAGUUGGUUCUCUUCGAUGGUGUUCCAAUUCUUCCAUCAACGCGUAGCAAGUCGGCAUAGAAUGUCUCAUCACCAAACCACACGUCUGGAUGCAUUUUCAUACGGGGGUCACGGGAGGGACACAUUUUGUGAGCAGGUUUUUGAACGCUUUUCUAAUAAAAUAAACGAUAAAAACCAUGCGGCCGUUGACAGUCUUAUCAGUGAUAUCCAAUGUGAUGACGACGAACCUGUCCAGAACAUUUCCCGGACAAAAGACUCGGCACAUGAAACAAAGCUUCAUCAGGACAUUUUGUACAUAUAUAUUGGGAAUAUUUUUGCUUUUUGUACUUGGGUGGGUGGGGGGUCAUUUUAGACGUGCUAUGCCCUUGUUACCUGUUGCUGCAAAAAUUCACUUCAUAUUUCCAUGAUGUUCUUUUGUGUAUUCUAAAACUCGAGUGAAUAAGGCUGUAAUUAUGUCGGCUGGCGAUAGGCCCGUCAUGCAUUUCAACGUCCGCUUCAUUCGGGCUUGUAGGUUUCUUCCCCCAUUGCUUGGGCUAAUUGAGGAACACAAAUCGACAUAUCCUUUUGUAAAAAGGGUGAAUGGCAUUAGUGGUAAAAGUUGUCUGUGUCGCAACGAUCUCUUAGUGGUGUACCAACACCCUGAUUGGGGGCGCCAUGGUGUAAAUAAAUCCUCGACUUGGGAAAUGCUUGUCAAGAACUUUCUAAAGAAGAGUCAAAUUUCAAACUUGAUAGAAUACAAGAACAUUUGAGGCUAUUCUUUAAAAACUUCUCGAACCCACGAAUCACAACAGAUAAUUUGUCAAAUACUUAAGAUGACACUUAGGGAAUUUUUUUCUUGUGAUUAUUUCUGGACCAAUUGUGAGGUGGUUAUAAAAUGGCUGCAUUUCUGCAUGCAAAAAUGUGUCUUGGACUGAAACAUGAAGCCGUUGUCAUACGUGGUUGAUCAGAAUAUUUGGAAGUCAAGUUUCAGUUACAUAUGUAACAGGGUUGUAAAUUUGUGAACCUGUACCUGGUCAGAACUGCGACAGACUUGUACCUUUCCAAAAUGUUACGUGUGAGAAAUAGUCGCACAGCUCUUGGGACUAUCUUGGGACUUGAGAUUAUUUUUCUAAAGCGUAAUUGUCAUCAUCGUCGCCAAAAAUAUAUAAGCGAGUCUUAUAAAUUUUUGUCGACGCUCCAUGUCAGACAGGCUCUGCAUUCUUGGACCAUUUAUGGUUGUCACCACACUGAAACAGUCUCCGGCAUUGGCAGAGUAAUUCUCGAAUUUUCCUGGUAUCAUAUGGAGAGAUCGGAUGCAAAAGCUGCGAAAACUGAUUUCGGUAAAAUAAUGAGAUUAUGGUAAAAGGUAACUGACAGUACCACACUUCGCAACGCAUCGUACUCACUCAUUUCAGUGCGAAACAUGCUUGACUCUAUCGUAAAUCGUGUCAAAUGAAACACUUCGUACAGCAAAAGAAUAUAAGCCUCGAAGCAGAAAGAUGUGUUCACUCGAAAAGGCCUCUGGUGGCUUUAGUAUCUUUUGCAUCUGAAGUCUUCCUAUGUCUUCUGUUGCAUGUUGAGGUUGGAGAUGCAGUGAGCAGGUUUUUAAACUGACAGAAAAGACUCGCCGUAUCUAUGUGUGCUUCCAAAGUAAAAUGCUUCUCCUUCUUUAUGGCCUCAGAUUGAAACAUGUUUUAUGGACGGUAAAACAAUGAUGGGACGUCAGUGCAACAAUCUUGAAGUGUAAUUAAAAUUGACGCUAUGCCGUUUGGUGUAUUUCAACACUGAGGAAAAUACUGUUGAAUAUAAACUUUGUAACGUGGUUUCAUUAUUUUGCUGUCCAUGACGUCAUGUUUGCUGUCCAGUAUAAUGGCGAUGAUGUCAUCUACAGAGUCUGUUUGGUAUUGGGCAAAUCACCAAUGGCGGAGAAGAGGGCCAAACCGCUUUCCUGAGGGAAGGAUGUGGUGCUCUUCUCGCAUGCUUGGUACCAAUUUUGAUGAGUUGUAAAUAUGUAUUGUGAUGUUUUAUGUUCACACGCACUGCCAUGGUGUGGUGCGAGAUUGGUAAACAAAUGGUGUCAAUGAGGUGCCCCGUAGGUCACUUUCUAAAAUUGCCUAUUUUUGGUUGAAAAAGUAAGUCGCACUCAGCUACAAAAGAUAAGACAGAUUUUUUGAGCGGUAAAAGAAGCAAUGUCGCAUGAACAAAUAGUUAUGAAGUUUGAUUCCCCAAAACUGUCCCAUGUCCGACCAACUGUGAAUAGAUGCCCCUCACUCCACUGAGUUCCUGGGAUAUUUAAGAAGAGGGUACUUUAUUAUCAAGGUUUAUAGACAAUUCUGAUGGAACGUUGGCAAAUUCUAUAGGCUGUUUGUUCAUCAAGAAAGAAAGUACAGUGUGUCACAAAAAACUCCAUUUGUAAUAUAAUUGUAAAAAAUUUUGUUGAUAGGCAAGGUAUUUAAAAGUGGUGAUUACAGUUCCUGUGAUGGGAACUUGGUGCGACAUUCACUUCAUUCAAAUUAUUUCCGCGCUUGUUUGCCCGUCCAACUCUCUUCCAACAAUGUGGUAAUAAAAUAAGGGCUACUCUUGAUCAAAUGGAGCCGGCUUAAGGUGUUGUAACGGAAUGAUUUCAGAGAAAAGUUGGAAGGAAUGGUCGCACAAUUAGUAUUCAUUCCUUCAAAAAGAUUAAACCUACUUUGAAGAGUUCGUUAUACGGCUGUGUGAAGAAGCACUGUUAGUUCAAUCAAGCGUCAGAUAGUUUGAAUGAAGUGCAUCAGCUCUGCCAAGGUUUUCCAUUGCAGGUUUAAUUCGGUGUAUUCCUUUAUGAUUCCAGUCCAGGUGUAUUUAUUUGGCUUAAAGUCUUGUCUGGGCGCUGAACUUCCAAUGUGAAAACUUCGCCAGAAUUUCCUUUGGGGAAGUUGAAAAGACAGAAGCCGACGGUGUGAAAUUACUUUCUGAUUUUCAAUCGUCCGCACAAAUCUUGAAGUUGAUCAUCUCCUAAUUAGUUGCAAAUAAUCCCAAAGCAAUUAGCAACAAAAAUCUGUUACCUUAUCAAUUCAUUUAGUUCAGAAAUGAUUCUGCAACAAAAUAUAGACCAUAAAUGAAAAUGCAGCAAGAAUGAAUUUCAUUGCUUAGUCACUGAGCGGUUAUUUCGACUAAUUUUGUGAUGAUCCCUAGCGAUUGUGUAAAAAUGCUGACAACACUGUAAUAGAUUGAGAUAUGAAAUGAUGAAUGUUACCAUCAGUGUUUUAAGCAUUGAAGAGAUGGCAAACAGUGUCGGAUUGAACUAUUUCCUGUAAAAUCCCAGUUUGAAUACGGACAGCGCUAUUUGAAAUUGUCGAUUCAGAAGUUUUAGUAUAGGUGGCGAUGUUAUGGGUGUAUUUCUAGUACCACCAAGAGAACGUGCUGGAAAAUUUUAAAAUUGUUAAAACCCACAAUAUUGUUAUCUAUUUUGAAUCUGUUCGAGUCGUCUUUCCAAUAGUUCUCUUCAUUCUCAAGGUGGUAGUUUCCAGUGAAAUCUUUCACACUUUUUCAACUCUCCUCUGUACUUUAGAAUCAGUUUGCCAACUUACUGAGGUUCAGAGUGGUUUUCCAACUUACCGAGAUUCAGGGUGGCGAUAGGUGGUACAUGUAAUUUGAGUACAACUACAGGAACAUGUGUAUCAUCGAGUGUGUAAGGAGAGGUGAGUGUGCACAGAUGUAUUGUGCAUGCUUAGUCAUGAUUGUUGACGAGGGAGACAGAGUUACGAUUUAUGAAUGUGCUCUGAUUGAAUCAUUGAGAGAUUCGAAGGAUCUUUAGGGAUCACAGAUUCUGCCGAAGAGGCAAAUCCAAUGAAAGUAUUGGACUGAAGUAUUGUAUACCAAGUCCCUUUCUUUCAUUUAAACUCGAGCCCUGAUUCCAAUUUAUUGACUUCAGGGUUCUGAGUUUUAAGUUUGUUCCAAAACAAAUCUUUUUCCUUGUCCUCUGCUGGGUUAUUUCUGCAGCUCUGAUGUGGUCUGAAAAUUGCCCAUCGUGGAUCAAGGAAGAAAUUAACUUGGACAGCUUUAUUGAGCUAAUUAGCUGAUUGUCGUACUUGUCAACUAAUUAAGCUCAAAUAACUGUUUGCUUGCCUGUCGCAGAGGAAGUCACGAUUAUUUAUGAUGAUGUGCACGAGAUAUCCCAAGGAACAUCAAUGCCAUAUUUUCCAGGGCGUUUUAUAUCGGCCGAUUUUGAAAAAAAAGAUUUGCAAAAAAUUAAAAAUUUGUGAAAAAUAUUUCUUUAAAAAAAUUCAAGAAAAAAUCGGUAAUUUGUCAAAAAUGAAAAUCUUUGAAAAAAAAUUUUUUUUGAAAUUUUCAUGAAUCGCCAUUAAAAUAGCAGCGCAAUCAUUUGUUGAUUUACAGACUGACAAAACUAAAAUGGCAAUAUCGUAUAUUGAUCAAAAAAUGUGGAUGUUCCCAAAGUGCAAUGUUUAUAUGGUUCUGGCCCUCGUGACAAAGUAAGCAACAGUUUAUGGUCAAACUUAUCUUUGAUGACGUGAAAGUGACAUCUCUUUUCAUGGUCAUUGGUGACAUGAUUGACCAUCAAAUGGCCCAGAGAUGUCAGGGUCUUUAUCUGUGUUGGUGUAGGGGCACAAGGUGUGAACUAGUUCUCCAUCGUGUGUUGAUGGAUGGGUCAGAUUGCAGGCUGGAAAUCAUCCUAAUACGAAGUCAUAAAACACUUCCUCAAUUUGAGUUUUGAUGAGAAGGUGAUGCGUAUUAAUCGCCAAAGCAAUGUCCUGUUUACUCUCAAAUUUGUGUGGAUUGGGCGCCUCGUAAGAAGUAGUUCCCAGAUGAGAGUUGUUGCCGUGACCAACUGCUCUGCCUGGAAGUGAAAAGUCUUGCCUGCUUUCUAAUCCGUCCAUCUUUCAACACUUCCACAGCUCAGGGGACAAUCCAUGUCUCAACUACUGGAAUGUUUCCCUUUAAACCGGUGAGGUCUGGUCAGAACUGGUUAAGAACCAUCGUCUAGUCCUGCCUGUUUUAUUGGCAAUUGCAGAAUCAAUUUGUACACAAUUUCAAAAUUCACACAAACUGAUUUGUUCUUUUCUCCACAAUAAUUUUUGAAAGGCCCCAUGUUGGCAGUCAGCAUAAAGAAAUCGAGUGUUUGAUUUGGACUUCUGGAAUUGUCGAAAAAAGUAACUUUAUAAAAUGACGACUUUUCGGUUCUGCAAUUGCCAGGCUUAUGACAUCACAAAGGACUUUAUUGUGCCUAAUGUAUGUUACACUUCCAAGCUGCCAAUUUCUCCCAUUUUGACCCGAAAUAGUUUUGAACUCAAGUCUGUCAGCUCGAGUAUAUUCUGGUGUCAACUCUAGUAUAUUCUGGUGUCAGCUCUAGUAUAUUCUGGUGUCAACUCUAGUAUAUUCUAGUGUCAACUCUAGUAUAUUCUGGGGUCAACUCUAGUAUAUUCUGGUGUCAGCUCUAGUAUAUUCUGGUGUCAACUCUAGUAUAUUCUGGUGUCAACUCUAGUAUAUUCUGGUGUCGGCUCUAGUAUAUUCUGGUGUCAACUCUAGUAUAUUCUGGUGUCAGCUCUAGUAUAUUUUGGUGUCAGCCUUGGCCAAUAUGCCCGAGGCGGUGUUCCAUCGGUGCCUUACUUUUAGAGACAGCACUGCUUGAGUUGACCUCUAAGAUUUUUCAAGCAGCAGAGAAAGACUGUCAACCAACAAAGGUACUGAUCUUAAAAUCAUAUGAACACGCCUCGUCCUGUACACAUGGCUACGUCAAGUUAAAUCAGUUUGAAACAAAAGCAUAUGUUUUGACUGGCAGAUGUCUGCAAGAUCACAUAACGCACAAGGGUGGAGAAAUUGGCAACUGCUUUAGGUGAACCUAUUGUCCUGGUUAAGAAGUGUCUAUUUCUUUUCGAGGACACCAGGAGUGAUUUCAGUCUGAAUCAUUCCAGCAACAAAGUGCACAUACCCUCCUCCCAAUUCAUCAAGUGCUGGGGGUAUCAUCAUCUUAUAAAUAAAAUCUUUUAAGUUUGAUAGAAACCACGGUGGCUAAAGGUAUCAGUUUGCCUAAGACAAAUACGUGUCUACCUGGAGAGGAAAUGACAACACAAAAGAAACAAACAAAAGAUUUGUUCACUUUGAGUGGCGGUAGGCCCGCAUUUAUUAUUAUUAUCCGAUUGUACCCCUCCAACACUGUAAUGGGAGGGCCUUGUUUCUAUUGUGUUAUAAAGCUUAACCAAUACCUUAAUCCACCCUGGAAACUGAAUGAAAUGAAAAUUGAACCCUCAGCCACGGAGGGUAUUUGCACAAAGUUUUUGCAUAAUCAUUUAUGCAAGGGGACCAAGGCGUCGCUGGUAAAACAUGGUCUCCAAAAACCAAACCAAAAAAAUACUUUGAAUAUCUGAAUACAUUGUGAAAAUGAUUUCAUGCUGUUUGUGGGGGGAGACGGGAAUCCAGAUUCGUGAUGGACCAAAAUUACUGGUGGAGAGGAACAUAGAAAGUUCAUUGUGAAAACUUUGAAACUUUAAGAGUGUUAAAUUUUAAAAAAUCAAAUCAUCAAGAUUUGAAAUUGGUUUUGGGAGCGGUUUCUGUUCCCAUUUAGAAUAACGAGGACACCCUUCUUCACCAUGAGAUGACUUUCACGAAAACAAUUCAGAUGUUCAAAGUGAUAAAGUUUUUUGAAGAUGUUUAUUUAUUUUUAAGCAAUUGUUGGUAUAAAAUAAAGAAAUAACAAACAAAACAUAAGAACAUUCUCCCAACGAACCUCAGGUGGUAUCCUAUUGUACCAACUUUUUGUUGCCAUGGUAACUGGUGUCUGUUUACCAUCUACUAGUGUACAUGAUGCCAUCUCGAAGCCUGAAUAACGAUCUCCCGAGAUGGUUAAGUUGCCAUGGUUUCAGUCAAAAUUAUCCUGUGGUUCAAAAUAAAACAUGGCAGUCAUUUAAAGAACAAAAGUUUGGAAUGAUUUUGAAGAUUUUUGUGUUUAUAUGUAACUUGUCAAAGAGUUGUGAAUCGUUUUCCAAUUCAUAUAAUCUGUAUUCCAUUCUGAAUGACUUUGGCCUACUUUCUGUGUCACAGUCUCAUGAGUUCAGAGCCAUACAGUGCCUAGAAAGGCGAUGUGUUUUGUCACCAGUGGCUCAACUAUUUUCCAAUUACCAUUUCCCACUAGAGCACCUUGAUUUUCAGUGGGCUUUUGUCGCCAUAAAACUCUUCCUGUUGCUUACAGUUGAAUGCAAGAAAGGUUACUGUUCUCAGUGAAAUCUUCACGAGUGUUUUGUCAAUGCAAAAAAUAGCACUUAAAAAACAUGAAUAUUUCAGCUCUUCUGGAUUAACAUAGUUAAAGGUGAAUUGGAAAUAAGCUAAUUCACCACUUUUUAGCUUCGUUAACAAACUUUUAAAAAGUCUUCACAACUCUUUGAUGAGAAAACAAUUGACAUAAUUGCGAUAUCCCGAUUUUGGUGUGCACUGCCAUUUUGUUGAAAACUGGUUCUGUUUCAUUACUUAUGCUCAUUGUAUCAGUUUCUUCUCAAUGAUAUUAUCUUCUUCUGUUUGGCAGCAAACAUUUUUUUUGUUGCAAAAACUAUUUCAAUUCCGAGUUUGUUUGAUUGAAAGGACACAACUAUUGUAUUUCUGUCUAAAAAAAUGUCCUAGUUCUAUGAAUUAAAAAAAGUGAUUUCAUUACUGUAAAAUUGGUCAGGUGCCAUGCUGACUUUCAAGAUGACAACACUAUUCUUGUGAUGAUGUACAUUAUUCAAUUGCAACAAAGGUGCAACCAUCUUGGUGGCCCUGAUGGCACCUGACUGAUUUAACAGCAUAAACUGUCAAUCCAUGGAUUUUUGCAUGCAAAGUCAUCUUUCCCUUGUUUUCUGAGCAUUUGUAAUGUAAUGGAUAAAACGAAAAUAAAAACUUUCCAUCCAAUAAUA